AUGGAAGGUUACUUAAAGGAUCCAAGCUCCUACAGAAGGUUGAUAGGGAAGUUGCUCUACCUCACUAACACUAGACCUGAUUUGUGUUUUUCCAUUAAUUUAUUAAGCCAAUUUAUGCAAUCACCAACUGACUACCAUUAUCGNGCUGCUCAACAUGUCCUUAGGUACAUAAAGUCUAGACCUUCAGAAGGGUUGUUCUUUUCAGCAGAUUCUCCUAUACAACUAAAGGCGUUCAGUGAUUCAGAUUGGGCAACCUGUCCCAACACUAAAAGGUCUACUACGGGAUUUUGUAUUUUUCUUGGAUCAUCUCUCAUCUCAUGGAAGUCCAAGAAGCAAAGUACUGUUUCCAGAUCUUCCACCGAAGCAGAAUACCGGGCUUUAGCAGCUGCUACGUGUGAAAUGCAGUGGAUCAGCUACCUAUUAGGCGAUCUGCAAAUGAAGGAAGCUGGAACUCCAGUUCUCUAUUGCGACAACAAAUCCGCAAGACACAUAGCUCACAAUCAGAGCUUUCACGAAAGAACUAACCAUAUAGAGCUCGAUUGUCAUGUUGUUUGUGAAAAAGUACAAGCUAAUCUACUGCAUCUUCUCCCUGUUCGCUCAGAUGAGCAGCUGACAGACAUAUUUACCAAAUUUCCUCAUCGUGUUCGGUUCAGAUCUAUUGUUCCCAAGCUAGGAUUGAUGAUCAUACACCAUCCAGCUUGA